UCUUUUUACAGAAGAUGAAGUUAAAGAAAUUGAAAACACAAUGUUCUACGAUGUUAUUAACAAUGUGAGCAAUGCACUGCGGGAUGCCAACCUAAUCAACAUCACCCGGGAGGAGAUCUUCUUUUGUUCCAGCAGUUCGGAUCCUGACGGCUGUGAAUGCAAUGAUCCAGUGGUUGACGAUGAAGCAAUCGCUGAAGUUUGUGAACCACUAAAACACUAUGACUACUUCAGUGGCAGUGAAGUAUCAUUUGUCAUCACCAUUAUUGUCAUCAUACUGUCUCUGCCAGUGACAAUAGCUAUUAUGAUGGGUAUGUCAUGGCAGAGAAGACAUGCUCUGAAUGCAAAUGGAGAAAGACCCAAAGCAAAGCUUGAGGCUGGACCAAAUCAAUUUUUUGCAACUGAAUGGGUUGGCAGGUCUACUCAUGGUUUCUUGAUAAGUCGAGAUGUCAAGAUCAAUUUAGAUGACACACGGCUGAAAAUUCUUGUUUCAAACAUGAAGAAUCAGGUUGUUAGAAUGAUUGACCUUCGAAGACGAAUGGCCAAUGAGACAGAAAGGCCAAGAGCAUCGGUAACAAGGUCAAAUGAUAAGGGUCACAAGCUAAUGAUGGUCGGAGUUCCUGGAGAAAUUGAUUUGGUGUUGCACUUCUCAUCACAAAAUGACCGUGACAGUGGUUUCCGUCAACUACAAGCUUUCUUUAACAAGCACAACUGGGAAUUUCAUGAAGGACCUGCCAUGGCUGAGAAUGUGAUGUGGAGAGAAGCCACAACUGUGGAUCAACGAAAGGAAGUGUUAGCAAAGUUUUUCAGGAGCGCCUUAGCAGAGCUCUCUGGCCAAACACCUGAAGUGACCGACCAGAAGCACGUGGAAGAAGUUUUAGCCACAAAACUGACCAGAACUGAGUUCGCAGAUGCCCUUGGCCUCCAACCCCAGUCACUGUUUGUGAGGAACAUGUUUCUUCUCGUCGACUCCUCAGGUGAUGGUUUUGUCUCCUUCGAUGAGUUCAAGGCUUACUUCGGAAUACUAAGCUCAGGUAAACCUGAACAAAAGGCUGAAAUGUUCUUUAAGAUGUUUGACACAAGUCGCACUGGAAAGAUUACAAAAGAGGAUUACAAGAAAAUGAUUAUGGUUCUGUUUGAGAUGAAUGAGGCAGACAAAAGCACAAAAGUCAACAUAAAUGAAAUGGUUGAUAAAGUGUUCAAGCAGGUUGGCAAAGAUCAACAAGGAUACCUAACACUUCAGGACUUUAAGACCAUUAUGUUUUCAGACACUGCUGAUGUUUGGAAAUCGGCUGUCCUUAAUUUGGAAGUGGAUGGUGAGACUGCCACUCUUGGUUACAAAAAGUCUGUGAAAGAUAGAGCAAAAUCAUUCAUUGCAGGAUACAAUAUGAGACCAACAAGCAUGAUCAACGUGAAAAAUGACGUCAGACUGCCAUCAGCUCUUGAGAGUCCACCCAAGACUGAGUUUCAAAAAUUUGUACAAAAGUGGACUCGCUAUGUUGAUAACCACAGGCUACAGAUUUUCUGGGUGACCCUGUACACACUCGUGACAAUUGGGAUAUUUGUGGAAAGAGCUUACUAUUAUUCAUUUGAACGUGAACAUGCAGGACUACGACGUUUAGCCGGAUACGGCGUCUCCGUGACCAGAGGAGCAGCCAGUGCACAAAUGUUUACAUAUGCCAGUCUUUUAAUUACCAUGUGCCGCAAUACUUUGACUUUUUUCAGGGAGACAUUUCUGCAUCGCUUUAUACCCUUUGACAACUUCCAUGACAUGCACAUCUAUGUAGCAUUUCUUGCAGUUUUGUUUUCAGUCAUACACGUUAUAGGUCACAUAAUAAACUUCUUCCACAUCUGCACUCAGUCUUCUGAUGACCUGAACUGCUACUUCAGAGAAUACUUCCGGGCAACUGAUGUUCUAGCCAGUUUCCACUACUGGACUUAUCAGACAAUAACAGGUCUGACAGGGGUUGCUUUAAUUUUAGUGUUGGUGGUCAUGUAUGUCUUUGCAAUGCCAUAUGCCAGGAGGAAUCUCUUCAAGUACUUCAGGAGCACCCACAACCUGUACAUAGCUGUGUACAUACUGAUGUUUCUGCAUGGCCAUCAUCGUCUAGUUCAACCUCCCUUGUGGCCAUGGUACUUCAUUGGUCCUGUGGUGCUGUUUGUCCUUGACAAGUUGGUGUCAGUCAGCAGAAACAAAGUCCUACUGCCAGUGCACAAAGCCAAACUUCUGCCAUCAGGUGUCAUUCAACUGGUGUUCAAGCGACCUCUGACCUUUGACUAUCAUUCUGGCCAGUGGGUCAGAAUUGCCAGUCCACAACUUGGCAAAGGAGAGUACCAUCCUUUCACACUGACUUCAGCACCACACGAAGAGCAUCUCAGUCUUCACAUCAGAGCUGUGGGGCCUUGGACCACCAACCUGCGCAGAUUAUUUGACUCAAAUCAAAUCAGAACUACUCCACUUCCAAGGAUAUACCUUGACGGUCCGUUUGGGGAAAGUCAUCAGGACUGGUAUAGAUACUCAGUCUCUAUACUCAUUGGUGGUGGCAUCGGUGUCACACCUUUUGCUUCCAUUCUGAAAGAUAUUGCCAACAGAGCCAUGAAUGUCAACAGACUACCAGUUCAAAAGGUAUAUUUUGUGUGGGUGACUCGUACACAGCAGAGCUUUGAGUGGAUGACAGACAUUAUUCGCCAGACUGAAGCUGCAGAUGUGAAUGACUUCCUUGAUGUUCAGAUCUGUAUCACACAACUGAAAGAACAGUUUGAUUUGAGAACAACCAUGCUGUACAUUUGUGAACGACAUUUCCAGAAAGUUGCUGGGGUCAGCAUGUUCACAGGCUUGAGGGCCAAGACUCAUUUUGGCCGUCCAAAGUUUAACCCAUUUUUCCAGGGUCUCAAAGUUGUUCACAAAAAUGUUGGGCAGAUUGGUGUCUUCAGCUGUGGGCCUCCAGCAAUGACCAACAGUGUCCAGAAGGCUUGCACUGAACAGAAUUCUUUCACUGGACCAUCACUCAUUCACCAUUAUGAAAACUUUUAA